ACGACAACAGCACGGAGUUGUCCUGCAGGACAGAGGAGCAUGAAGGGGACCUAAACGUCUCCGUGUAUUGUUGUGGGUCAGUUGACUGAAGUGUAACAAGAGUAAUGACAGCUACAGCUGGCCGUAUAUGAAAAACAGCCUCGUUUUUGUAAAGCUGUUGGACUACAGACUGACAUAAGGAACCACUGGAUGAAACAGCGUUACCAGUAUGGCAGGAGUGUUCGACAUAGACUUGGAGACUGAGGACAUCAGUGAUACAGAGGAUGAUGAAUGUGACUUCACUGUGACAGAACCAGAGAAUGUUCAGACAGAGGAGGUGGAGUUGACCAGUGAGAGUGUCAACAGAGACAGUGAGAGAGUUGGACCUGACUGCUUUGAGCUUCUUACUGUGCUGGGAAAAGGAGCCUAUGGCAAGGUUUUCCAGGUGAGGAAGGUUCAAGGUGCCCAGAUGGGGAAGAUAUUUGCCAUGAAGGUCCUGAAAAAGGCUAAGAUAGUGUGUAAUGCUAAAGACACGGCCCACACACGAGCAGAGCGGGAGAUCCUGGAGACGGUGAGACACCCAUUCAUUGUGGACCUGCUCUACGCCUUCCAGACUGGGGGAAAGCUCUACCUCAUACUUGAGUGUCUGAGUGGAGGGGAGCUGUUCAUGCAGCUGGAGAAGGAAGGCAUCUUCAUGGAGGACACUGCUUGUUUCUAUCUAGGAGAGAUCACACUGGCCCUCGGUCACCUCCAUUCUAACGGGAUUAUUUACAGAGAUCUCAAACCUGAAAACAUCAUGCUUAAUCACCAAGGACACAUCAAGCUGACUGACUUUGGCCUCUGUAAGGAAUCUAUUCAUGAUGGGACGGUCACACACACCUUCUGUGGCACCAUAGAAUACAUGGCUCCAGAGAUCCUGACCAGGUCGGGUCACAACAGAGCAGUAGACUGGUGGAGCCUGGGAGCCCUCAUGUAUGAUAUGAUGACCGGAUCGCCUCCAUUCACAGCUGAAAACAGGAAGAAGACCAUCGAUAAGAUCUUGAAAUGUAAACUCAACCUGCCCCCAUACCUGACCAUCGAUGCCAGGGACCUCAUCAAAAAGCUGCUGAAGAAGAAUCCAACCCAAAGACUCGGCUCCAGUAAAGCCGACUGUGCUGAUAUCCAGAAACACCCGUUCUUCAAGCACAUUAACUGGGAUGACCUGCUGAACAAGAGGGUGGAGCCGCCUUACAAGCCGCAGCUGCAGUCAGACGAGGACGUGAGCCAGUUUGACACCAGGUUUACCAGACAGACACCAGUGGACAGUCCAGACGACACCUCACUCAGUCACAGUGCAGAGCUAGCCUUCGCUGGUUUCACCUACGUGGCUCCAUCGGUCCUAGAGAGUCUAAAAGAAGGCUUCUCAUUCGAGCCCAGAAUACGACCUGUACGCAGACACAACAGCAGCCCGCGCACGCCCAUCAGUCCGCUGAAAUUUUCUCCUGCAGGACCCUUCAAGUCCAGCAUGGACGGAGAACCGGACCUUUUCUCUCCCACCUCUCCACCUCCAGCUCCAGUCUCUGUGGCACUGGAAAACGGAGCUGCUAGUCAGCCAAUCAGGACCCCUGCAAGGAACAAGAAGCAGAAGGGACAUCGAAGGUGAAGAGGAGGCGUUCAGAGAGCCAGCCUAUGCUGCAAGACUUUGGUCAGAUUCAUAUUUUCUAUAGUAUAUAAGUGUUGAGGCACACAGCUGAGGUGUUUGGUUUUUUUUUUUUUUUUUGGUAUCAUGCUUUUUUUGAAGUGGUUUAGCUUAGAAGUUUCUGAAAAGCCUAAUUUUCAGUUUGCUUUUUUUCUAUCAUAUCCAUCUCAGAAAAAUAAUACAGGUAGAGAAACUCUGGGCUUACUGUCCACCUCUUCUGGUUUGUCUUAAAGUCUGCCUCCAGGUAGGUCGCUUUACACAGAUUUCACUGAGUCAGUGUGGAGUUUUCGUGCUUUCACUCUGUCAAACCAGACUGAAGAAGCCCAGUUUCAUCAUUGUUCUCAGAUGUUCACCUUUCUGUGUACAGCUUCCGUAUGUCUGCACCGGCAGGUCUGUCACACUCUGGCUUUAAGUUUUGGAAAAAACAACAACAACGUGACAACAACAGCAAAUAUUCUCUACAAACAACAUGAGAAAGAAGGCCAUACUGGACAAACUGAUUUUUCUUCUCCAACUUACCUAAAUGCAACAUUAGCAGCCAAGGUCAUGUAAAUGACGGAUUGACUGCUAAGUGUUUGCAUGUGCUGUACAUGCUGGUAUGAUUACAGUAAAGAGAAGCCGUGAUAUCACGUUUUUUGGCUUUAAUGAGUUCAUCAGCUUUUUAAUGAGUUCGUCAGAGUUUGUUCAAAGAGGUCAGCUAUCACAGGCUGACGUUUUAAUUAGAAAACUGAUGAAAGAUCAUUUGAUUGGAGUCCCGAUUCUUUUCCAUUAAGGUUGAACUGUGUAACUGACCUUCAGCCGUCGGGCUGUCAGGUUUUCAGCCUGUCAGGCUGCACAGCCUCAGAGUAAUAAGAUUAGGUCACAUGUCUGGGUGGGGACUGUAUCUCAUAGGAAUCUACUGAAUGAAAGCUACAUCGCACAUUAGAUAGUAUAUUCAUGAAUGUCAGGUUUGAUCUAUAGGGAACAUUUCUGUUUGAAAAUAUGGAAACUUUUCUCAGUGUUUCUCAUUUCAUGUCUGCCAAAGUUUUUCACACACGCUAUCCUCAUAUUGUACAGACGGACCAAUCACUAUAGAGUGCACUUAACAAGAGGGACAUGCCGUGUUUAAUGAUCGGGAUCUGUUCACAUACACAUACACCCACACAAUCAGAACAGUGUACAGUCAAAGCAGGCUGUUAAAAGUGGUGCUCUCAGAAAACAAAUGAUAAACUUGUAUAAACAGAGUAUUUUGGGUUACCGAACAAACCUAUUUUUACACAUGAAACUGAUGUUAAAUAGUAUUUAAAAAAAAAAAAAUACAAGUGUUUGAUUGUCAUUUCCUGACUGAGGGGUGAUGCUGGGUUGUAUCACAGCA